CAGAUUAGGCGCCUCUGUGUGGGGCCCAACACAGCCGGCAUCACAGGAGACAUUGCCAGUCACGUAGAAGCAGCGACGGAGACAGCACCACCCCUCCAAGGUCCUCCGUAGUUCCUAUCCUCCGGCUCUCAGACACCGUGUACGAACAUACUUGAAAAUGGCAGAUGAAGGAGGCGUCCAGGAACAUCCAGUGACGGACGAGAUUGUCCAGAAGGCCGUGAGGGCCGCCAGGGGCCCCGACGCCCAGCUGGUGUCCUGGAAGAUCAAGGACUUCACCAACAAGGGCGACAACUACGCCUGCCUGGUGACCAGCGUGGUGGUGCAGUACACCUUGGGAGACCUCCAGAAGGAGACCACCUUCGUCGCCAAGAUGAUGCGGACUCAGAACAGUGGGGGGUUUAGUGACAUGGUGCGUAAGAGCUUUAAGCGAGAGGACGCCUGUCUUGCUGAAAUUGUGCCUAGGAUGAACAAAAUAUUGAAGGAGUUGGGCCUUCGUGAAAUUGGAAUUGCUAAGACUUACUACACUUCUUGCGAGACGGGGAAGGAGCUCCUACUGUUGGAGGAUCUACGGACCCGGGGCUUCAAGAUGUUUGACAGGCGUCGAGGCAUGGACAUCCCACACGCUCGCCUGGUGCUGACGGAACUUGGAAUGCUGCAUGCUGCUUCCUUGUUGUUGGAGAGAAUCCUUCCAGAGCAUGACAUUACGAAAGCUUGGCAGGUUUUUGAAGAUGAUUGGAUGAAUGAUGGUGAAGCAAAAAAAAUGUUUGGGGCCAUGUCAAGAAAUCAACUGGAAGGAGCAGCAUUAAUCAUGGAGAAGGUCCCCAACUACGGACACGUGGUAGACUGGAUUAAUAAAAUUAAGGAGACUUCAGUGGACAUUUUUAUGAACAGUUUCGCCACCAGCUCCGACUUCGGGGUUCUUAUCCACGGGGACUGCUGGAACAACAACUUGCUCUUCAGGUACGACGCCGCCGGAGACCCCGUGGAGGUGAUGCUGGUCGACCUGCAGAUCAUGCGUCGGGCCUCUCCCGCCGUCGACCUCAACUACUUCUUAUACUCCAGCUUUAACGGCCCCGACCGCACUCCCAACUUGGAGACGUACCUGAAGAUCUACCACACCUCCUUCAGCAGCGUGCUGGAGGCUGGCGGCGCUGCCGUGCCCUACACGCUAGAGGAGCUUCGGGAGGAGUUCCGGCGCCGCAUGCUGUUUGGGUGCAUCACGGGGAUGUUCCUCAUACCCAUCGUGCUGAGCGAGGCGGAAGAUGUGCCGGACUUGGAUGCAAUGACGGAUGGCAACAUGGAAGAGUUCGCUAAAGAACGUCAAGAGGUCGUCCUUAAAAUGAGCAUGAGGGACGAUGGGCUCCUCAAGCAUAGGUUUCUAGACAUGUUUGAUGACAUGCUCGAAGCGGGAAUUAUAUCAUAGUUUACCAUAUCAUGUUCCGGAAGAAAAUGUUAGCAUCAGAAUAACACUAUUUAUUUAGCUCACGUCAAUUAUAAUAAAUUUCAUAAAAGUUACAUUCAUUAAA